AUGGAUUUGGUCGCCCAUCACCCCACGAGGGGCACCGCACUGGGCCAAACAGCCACUGCAACUGCAACACUGCAGGAUGAGAGACAUGAUCUCGUCCAGCGAUCCUAUGCUCUCGACACGCGGCCCCCAGCGCCGUCGUCGACCUCGCUCAUGAGCGACAUAUCUGCCAUGUCCGUCCAGACCACCAACCUCAUUGUCUCGUCGGCGUCGGCGGAUGAGCCAGGGUGGCCGCAGCGAGUCAUCGGGGAGAUUCAAGACCUGCUGCUGCUCCUCACGCCAGAUGGGAAGGUCCUCUAUGUGUCGCCCUCCUGUGAGACCAUCACUGGUUACACCCCAUCCGAACUGGAGAAUGAAUACCUCCUUCGGUACGUGCACAACGACGACAAGUCGAUCUUUUCCUCGGAGAUGGAAGAGUGUGUUGCCACCGGUCGUCCCUUGCAAUGUCAUUUCCGCUUCGCCAAACCAGACAAGUCAUGUCGUCUGUUGGAGGCGUACGGCCAUCCCCAUGUCGUCAGUGAGAAGCUUCGCCAAACCUGCAAUGGCAUUUUCCUCGUGUGUCGCCCCUAUCCUACCAAGAGCUGUCAACUUCUCGACUCCUUCCUGGAGCACAAAAUUGAAAACAUCCGACUCCACCAGCGUAUCGCACAGCUGAAAGAAGAGGAGGAAGAAGACUUGAAUGGCAUCCAACAGAUUUCCGCCCAAGCCAGUGGUGCGGUGCGUCGGCCACCUCCACCCGUCGCCCAGGAUACCUACUCUGGAGAAGAGAAUGAAUCGUCCGACUCCCUUACUCUGGAUGAAAGCGAUGCGCGAGCCCAAGCCGUCGAGGAACUUGCCACCGAAGACAUGUCUCAUAUUGAAGGUAUCGAGGUCAUGACUGGUCUGUUCUACGGAGAGGGAGAACGGUCUCAGGGACUGAGUACCGGUCUGCGUCAAGGCCGUCUCAUCCAAUGCGGGAUGGAAACGAUUACACCUGACCAGCAGGCGCGAACCAUCCAGGAUAGCGACCGAAGAAAACGAUUGAAGGGAGAGUAUAUGUGCACGGACUGCGGCACGAGCGACUCGCCGGAGUGGAGAAAAGGCCCCGACGGACCUAAAACCUUGUGCAAUGCCUGCGGGUUACGGUGGGCCAAAAAAGAAAAGAAACGCCAAGAAUAA